AUGUUUAUAAAUUGUUAUAGGUUAAAGUCUGUAACACCGCAACAUUUCAUAUCCAGCCAAAAAAAAUUGUUGAUGCGUACAUUAAAAUUGAAUCUGGGUGGAUGUAAUUUGAUCAGCAUCCAGGACGCUCCGCAAGGCAAUCUAGAUAUUUUACUCUACAUCAGAGGCGGAACUGAUUUAAACACCAUGCACACUGCCCUUCAAAAGGCUGGCUUGGUCAUAUCAAACAAUGUACCCCCUUGUAAUUGUACGCCUGGCCAGGGUGUGUGUAGUCAGCGUAUUACUUGGCUAGCAGAUCAGGUGCAGACAAUAGUUACCGAUAUGGCAACAUUUGUGGCGCCUGCACAUACCCAUCAACCGCAUUGCGCUUGUCGAUUAGGUUUUGUCGGUAAACGAUGCGAAAACAAAAUGACAUCAGAGUGUCAGUGCUCUGUGGACGAGAUUUGUGUACCGGAUAAUGAAAUCGAUGGGACAUACAAGUGUGACAAGCCACGAGGUGUUGGAGACCGUUGCUUGGCCGGGAAUGAAAAUCCCUGUUGGCCCCCAAUUUUAUCUAACUUACACAUAACUUGGAUUCAACUGACUGCUGCUUCAGCGGCCUUAGUUUUUAUCAUUAUGGUCAUAUGUGUAUUGAUCAUAUGUAGGAAGUGUCGUGUGAAACGUCGAAAUGCUCGUCGCAACAAGAAUAUACAUGUGUUGAACACAGAAUUCAAAAGAACCGCAAAAAUCAGCAAUUUAGAAGUUGCUCAGCGGCCAGUAUCUUAUACAGCUAUAGCGAGCAACCCAGACGCAGCUUACAUGGCUGCUGUAGCUGCGAAUCAACUUAAUAAUUUAGACACUCUGAGGAGUUAUGGUUCAGCUGGUGAUGACUUAGAAAAUGUGCCACUUGAUUAUUUACGCAACUUAAACCGUGGUACUAACAACAAAAUAAUGAACGGUAAAGACCUCAAAGUGAUUCCGGACGUUACCAGAGUGCCAAGAAUGUCAAUGCACUGUCCUGAAGAAGACACAAAAAUACUAGGUGGUUACCAUUGGGACUGUUCGGACUGGGUGCGUCGCAGCCAAAACCCUUUGCCCAAUAUCAGUGAAGUGCCUGGUAGUGAAGUGCCCGAUUCAUCUAGUUUCCACAGUGACAGCAACGACGAAGUGCAACACCAUAAUAUAAUAGAUCCAGCCAGGGAUUUGGAAACACUUGACGAAGAGUUAUACUUAUCAUACCGCAGCGAAGACGAUGAUGUAGUCACAUACGGUUUUCCACAACGAUAUCCAAGUCAGAGUGAACUUUCCACUAAUGUAUGUGAAAUCGAUGAUCCAGAUAUGCCAAUGUCUACCGCUGUAUGA